AUGUCUCGUCGUCGAGUUACGGCCAAUUCUGUGCGGCCCAACCACCCCCUCCCUUCAUCUCCGUCUGGGGACGGACUCGAUGGUGCCCGCGAGGCGCCGUCAGUCCAGAACGCUUGCUAUACCGCUAAUGAAGCGCGGUACAGCUCGUUCUGGCCUGUACGACCGCUGCUGGCGCCGCCGGCGCUGCACUCCCCUCCCCAGAGUGUGCCACAGUCGAGCGCACGCGAAUACGUGCGCUCGUUCUGUGGCAAUCUCUAUUUUUCUCUCAAGUUGGCCCCUCCCUCCCCCCACCCCCGUUGCUCGUUCCCCAGGCCACCUGCCAUCGCACAGGUGGCCAUUCCUGGCUUUUACGAGAGCCAGGACGUCGACGAGAAGUGA